GUUGGAGACUGGCCGUGAGCAUGUCUUGCCCAUUGACUAUUACUUUCCACCUCAGAAGACUUGCCUGAUCUGUGGAGACGAAGCAUCUGGGUGCCACUAUGGAGCCCUCACUUGUGGCAGCUGCAAAGUCUUCUUCAAACGGGCGGCUGAAGGUAAGCAGAAGUACCUCUGUGCCAGCCGGAACGACUGCACCAUCGACAAGUUCAGAAGGAAAAACUGCCCGUCCUGCCGCCUGCGGAAGUGCUACGAAGCCGGGAUGACUCUGGGAGCCCGCAAGCUGAAGAAGCUGGGUAACCUGAAGACACAAGGUGACGUGGAGGCAGCCAGCUCAUCCAGCCCCACGGAGGAGCAAGCUCCCAAGAUGGUGAUGACGCGCAUUGAUGGGUACGAGUGCCAACCCAUCUUCCUCAACGUCCUGGAGGCCAUUGAGCCUGGCGUGGUGUGUGCUGGCCAUGACAACAGCCAGCCGGACUCCUUCUCCAACCUGCUGACCAGCCUGAAUGAGCUCGGGGAGAGGCAGCUGGUCUACGUGGUCAAAUGGGCAAAGGCCUUGCCAGGAUUUCGCAACCUGCAUGUGGAUGACCAGAUGUCAAUAAUCCAGUACUCUUGGAUGGGCCUUAUGGUGUUUGCUAUGGGUUGGAGAUCUUUCACCAACGUCAACUCCAGGAUGCUUUACUUUGCUCCAGAUUUGGUCUUCAAUGAGUACCGGAUGCACAAAUCCAGGAUGUACAGCCAAUGUGUCAGGAUGCGGCACCUCUCCCAGGAGUUUGGCUGGCUCCAGAUCACGCCCCAGGAGUUUCUCUGUAUGAAGGCUCUCCUCUUCUUCAGUAUUAUUCCAGUGGAUGGCCUGAAGAACCAGAAGCUCUUUGAUGAACUUCGAAUGAAUUACAUUAAGGAGCUUGAUCGUAUCAUCGCUUGCAAGAGGAAGAACCCCACCUCCUGCUCUCGGCGAUUUUACCAGCUCACCAAGGUCCUGGACUCCGUGCAUCCUAUUGCCAAGGAUCUGCAUCAGUUUACAUUUGACCUUUUAAUUAAGGCGCAUAUGGUGAGCGUGGACUACCCCGAAAUGAUGGCCGAGAUCAUCUCUGUGCAGGUUCCCAAGAUCCUGUCUGGAAAAGUCAAGCCUAUCUACUUCCACGCACAGUGACCUUCCGGAGGGACCUCCCAGUUCUGCCACCCCCAUUUCAGCCAUCUCCCGCCUGUUCUCUCUGCACUACUGUGCUGCAGUGCCUUGGGGAAUCCCUCCGCAGAGGCUGUGCCAAGAAGAUGGACAGUAACGAAGGACUCCCUGCCGGGAUUCCCCAGAUUUCUGUUUUUCCUGAGGUACCUCUGAACUGAACCACCUGCCGCGGCUUCUGCCCACGUCUGGCUGGCUCGCUGUGCUGGGACAGGGGACUGUGGCACGGUGGCAGUGGCACCGUGUCUGUGCUCUCUCGUUUGUGCGUUUUCCACAGUGACUUUUAGUGGCCCAGGGCCAUGGGAGGUCGGGAGAAAUGCCAGCACUUUUGGGGUUUGGUUUUUUUUUUUAAAAAACAGAACAAGAC